AACCAUGAAAGAGUUGACACGAUUUUCAUCGUACCAUCGAAAUUUAAAAAGCCAUUGAUAUAUAUAUAUAUAUAUAGUGUAUUAAAAAUUCAUCUUGAUUAACUGUUGAAAAUCUUUCAAUCAGAGGCCAGAGAAUUUUCAGUCUAUAUAAAACAGUUUACAAGGAACUUUCUGUUAUUUUGAAUUUGUGACAAUGGCGUCAAGACAAUUGGUAGAUCUAGAACACAGGGAUCCUCAUGACAUUAAUGACCACGUUAGGGUUGCGUUCGAAGAUAUCUUGGCCGAACCUGAUGGUGUCCACAGCUUUGAUAUCGUGUGGGAUUGCAGUUUCAAGUGUUUUGAAUGUGCCAAAAAUUGCAGUUAUAAAUUUGCUUCAGCGCUUUGUGGUUGUUGUAUUGCGUUUUAUUGGGGAUUUGAGUUUGGCUGUCUUGCUUUUAACUGUAUCUGGUGUACUACACCCUUCCUGCGUCAAUACAGUAUAAUAAUGGGGAACCUACAGAAAUAUUGUGGAAUUACCAUCAACUGUUGUUGUGCUCCAUUCUUUGAAGUGUGUGGUCUGUGGUUCAGUAGAAUAACUGUUUAUAAUAAGUCAUAACGAAAACAUCUAUGACAACAUUUGCAUAAUGAUGCAAGCGACAUGAUAAUUUUACUUGUGAUGUUUUUUUUUUGUUUUUU